CUUGAGAUCACUAGUUUUACUGCGCUUUGUUAUAGAAACGGAGUACUGACCCUCUUAAAUAUUUCUUGAUCUCAGAUCACUCUUAUUGAGAUCUAGAGUUUGGGUGCUGGUAUCCAGAAUCUCUACUUCGCUGAGACAAACAUACUGAAAUCACAAGACAUACAAAUUCACAAAUAUCUACCAAGCAGACUAUAAUUAGUGCAUUUGAGUGACUAGACUACCACCGAUUGGACAUUAUCGAAUACUCGAAACCGUACUGAAAUAACAAGCAGAGAGCCCAAAGAAAUCAAUUGAUUUGUACAAACUUGUGACGGAGAUAUCAAACACUGAAAAAUAACGGGUCCUUCAAAGUUGUCUUAAUAACCUCUUGAAACAAAUAACAGUGGACUUAUGUCAGCCAAUUUAUGGGAUAAAAUACAUAAAAUUAACGAGUUUAAAUCCCAAUUAUCUAAAGCGCUUAGUGAUGUAGACAAAUUAAAAGAGCUAGCUAUAUGGGAAAACAACAAACUUGAAAAUCAAAUAGAUGCAGAGACACUUCGACGCUAUCGGAAGGCGAAGUCCGAGGAAGCUGAAGAACUUAAUAAGAAAAAAGAACAUUUAAAAGUUGUACUGAUGAACGAUGAAAACAAAAUUCUAAAAGAGUGUAAAACAGCAGGUGAGGAAAAAGCUGAGCGUUUGAAGUAUUUGAGGGCACAAGGUGAAUUGCUAGAAAAACAAAAGAAAGAGACAGAUGAAAAAAUGGCACUUGAAAAGUAUGACCAGCGUCUUCGAGAAGAAUGUGCUGAGUUACGUCAGGAAUUAAGUAAGCGUAGAGCUAAAGAAAUUGCCCGUGAUCUGUUAAUCCAAAUUAAAAUGAAAGAGAAGCAAAAUCUUCUGGAGAAACAUCAAAAUGACUACUUAGAUAAAUUUGUAUUAACUCACUCAAAGGAUAUGUUCAAUGAAGCUGAUGCGCAGAUGAUUGUAGAAAGAAAAAAACGAAUUGCAAAUGUCUUAAGACAACAGAUAGAAAGAAAAGAGCAGGAGAAACUUUUAGAAAAGGCGGAGAAGCUGAAACAAGCAAACGCUUUGGAAGAAUUAAAUAAGCACCUGAAGCAAGAAAAAGAAGAUGAAAUAACAAAAAAGAAACUAAGGUUCUCUAAAGUGAAAUUGGACUUGGACAAGUGUUUAGAGGAAAAACUAUUGAGGAAAUCAGAAGAACGCAACCAGGAAGCUCAGUACGACAACUUACUAACCCUUUUAAAUCAACGAGUAGAUAAAGAGCGGAGUGGAAAGCAGAGAGAUAAGAAAAAUAUGAAAUUCGGUGUCAAUGGUGUUCUAAUGUUUAGCCCAGAUUCUGUAUGGUCAAUAUCUUAUGCAAAUGGAAGAAAAUCUUGCAGCAAAUUCCACGGGAACCUUACUUUUUUAGUGGUAUAAUGAUGUAAACAAAACCGGAAAGUAAUUCGUGUGUUGGCAAACUAGUUUAUUUCAUCACUGAAGACAACAUCCUGAAUGAGAGAUAAUAUUUCUUUUCCUCAUUUUAUUUUCUUUAACGUAUGAUUAAAAAUUGCUGACCUGACAGUGAUUUAAUGAAAAAAAUUUUUUCUUGGUUUUAAAUAGCCCAAAUAAAAAACCCAAUUCAAUCAUUCGACUUUUAGGUUACUUUAAAAAAAGAGGCGUUACAGUAUUUAGAGCAUGUUCGUGAUUCAAAAGAAGCCGAAAAGAUGUAUGAGAAAGAAAUGAGCAGAAGUAUUGACGAACAUAUUGCGAAGCAACAAAACCUUGGUCACCAUAAGAAAAUGCAGCUUCUUGUAGCUAGAGAAAAUUUGAAAAAUGAUGUAAACGAAGUAUGUCGACAACAAAUAGUGGAAAAAAGAAAAAAGCAGGAUGAAGAAAAACGUGAACGCGUAGAAGAAGUGAAACAACUUAACAAAGUUAUUGAACGAAUGAAGUUAGACUCCAAGUAUGAGCUGCACUUGCGACGCCAGAAUAUUGAAACAUAUCGUAACGCCUUAGAACGACAAAUCGCUGACCAGCGAAGUAGGUAUCGACAACUAAUAGCUGAUAAUGAACGAGAGUUAGAGAAGAAUAAGAAAACAGAGGAACAGCUCACUGAACUUGUUCAUAAUAUCGUUGAUUCAAAUGAAACUGACUACAACAGACAUCCAUGGCAAAAACUGUUAGCUACUGGUCACUGGUCUAUUCCAGUGUGGGAUGGUGAACUUCAGAUAUCGAAAUUUGCAAGUGCAAGGUAUUAGACCAGAAAAUUAAUAUUAUAAAACGUAUUUGACUGUUUUCAUCGUAAAUAUAAGGGGGAUUAUUACUAUUGCUGUUGUUGCUGUAAUUGAAACAAAUUAAACUAUGUCAUUUUAUUGAAGCACUAUAGAGUCAUUUACUCAUUGAAAAUAAAAAAAUAUUUAUUCUA